AUGUUUGGAGUUUCUUUGUGUGCAGUGUUAUGUUGGCUCGUACUCGCUGAGUCGUCUGACACCGAGCCUAUUCAGAAAGGUCUGUACAACCAGGGAAGAUCCGCAUUGGCGGUUAACUCCGGUGCCCUCGAAUGUCUCACUUGCCAAGUGACUACUGGUGGUGCAAAGAUUUUCGUUGAAAGUAAUGUAACAAGGGACUGGAUCCUAUACAAGCUGGCCUUGCCAUGUGCACAACUUGGUGUGUAUAAUCAGACAUGUGCCGAUAUGACAAAGGACGCGGUCCAUUUUGCGUUUAAUACAAUGAAGAAUCUAACUGCAAGUCAGAUUUGUGCGCUUUUCAACGUGUGUCGUGAUGCACCGAAGAUCAAUCUUUGUCCACUUUGCACCGACACAGUGUCCCACUUCAAGAGCGUAGUAUUCUCGCAGCCGGUAAUACAACAAGUGACCAACUUUGCAUACGGAAUCUGCCGUUCACAUCCUGCUACCUUUUUAGUGUGUCGAAUUGUGAUGAUGGAGGUAGUGAUCAGUGCCAUUAAUCAUCUCCGGGUUACCUUCGAUCCUGUGAAAAUCUGCCAGAAUGCUCACUACUGCCAGUCCGUGACACCAAGUUGAGAAUAGCUACGUCACACUGAAAUCCCUUACAUACCAUCAGAUUAAAAAACUGCACCAAACUCCUUGCAGAUUAUCCAUCCCUGCCAAACGAAAUUUCCAUUGCUUUUUCUGAGAUAAAUAAAGGAAAUAUAUGUGCAUAUAACCCAGAAUUUUUCAAAGGUACUCUA